AUGCCCCAAGGAGGAGUGGUCAGAUGGAAAUGUUGGCUGAUUGAGGUGGUCCUAGGGGGACAAACACCAUUUCAAGCGAUCCAGCAUGCUCCGAGGAGGAGUGGUCAGAUGGGAACAUUGGAGAGUCUGGGAAAGAUGGGUGUCCAAGUCAAUGUGGACAGGGGCUUCAGUUCUGGAUCAAUGUUCAUUGGUGUGGGUUGGUGUUUGUUGGUGUUUGUUGGUGUUCAUUGGUGUUCGAUGGGGUUCAUCCUGCUGUAUGGACCUGUGGAUGUCCAAAUUAGGUUGAUUGAGGUGGUCCAAGGGGGGAUGAACACUGCUUCAAGCGAUCCAGCAUGCUCUGAGGAGUGGUCAGAUGGGAACAUUGGUGAGUCAGGCAAAGAUGGGGCUUUGGUUCUGGAUCAAUGUUCAUUGGUGUUCGUUGACUUUGGUGGUCCUAGGGGGGACAAACACCACUUCAAGGGUCCAGCAUGCCAUGAUGGGGAGUGGUCAGACAGGAUCAUUGGUUGUAUUACAAGACAUGCAAUUGACAUAGGAGAGUCAGGCAAAGAUGGGUGUCCCAGUCAAUGUGGACAGGGGCUUUGGUUCUGGAACAGUGUUCUUCGGUCAAUUGCAAUUGAGCUAGGGGGGAUGAACACCAUGUCAAGCAGCCCAGCAUGCUCCAAGGGGGAGUGGUCAGAUGGGAACAUCAGAAUGUUAUAA